UCUCUCUCUCUGUCUCUAUCUAUUCAAGGGAUCUUGCUCCCUGAUCCUUUCUCCUGUUCUUUCCUUUUCCUUCUUUUUUUUUUCUCCUCCUUCUUCCCUUCUUUCCCCUCGACUGCUUUCUACAUUGUAUCCUUGCAGGGGGUCGGUUAUCGUUGUAGCGCAGGGUCCGCCUUCGUUCCUUAUCUGUGCCAAACCCUUUGACUUUCCCCAUUCUCACUCUACAGCGUACUCUCAAGCUUCUUCGCCCUGCCUUGACCCCCAGCAAACUGGGAUCUGCUGAAAGAAUUUCUUCAUACCCUUGAUGGCCUGGACACUUGCAAGCAUUUUCUCGACGAAGACCUUCGACCAUGGUUUACAACGCCGUCUCGCAAGCCGACCACGAGGUCGUUUCCAAUGCGAGCGAUUCUGAUGAUCAGCAUUCCCGCAGUUCUUCCCUUCAUUCCCAGCACCAUGAUGCUGCUUUCCAACAACUGCCCUUGGACGUGGAUCAUAUCGGGGCUGGUAGCUAUCUGCAACCUGCCAAGUCAGCGGAAAGCUCCAGCAUCGGCGGUUUAGGCUCGAUGAUCCGGUCGAUCACCUCAACAAGCUACGACAUGGUUGAAGACGAUGACUACGAACUACCCGCCGAUCCCUCCUCCUCCUCCUCCGCCGCCCAAAGUCCCAGGAAUCCCCGUCGUGUGCCUCCGCUUGACACUACCGCAACCACUGUCGACUCUUCCCCUUCCGAAGCGCCGCUCCGAAGCCCCAUCUCCGGUGAACCCAUCCCUCUCAACCAUCCAACCCCCGGUCUACAGUCUCUGCAAGGAGCUUAUAUCAAUAAUGUGGAACGUCUGGAGCGGAGUGCCGAACGCAUGAGUAUGAGUUCGACCAAUAUUGGGGACGAGAUCCGCAAGUUGGACCUGGAGCAAAAGCGGAGGUCAAGUGGCUCUUCCGUCUACACGAACAAUCAAGACGGGUUGAAGCCCAGCCUGUCGUCCCGUCACGGCUCCAUCCAGUCGGCUUCGCGUCUCGCUCAGGUUUCUGAGCAUUCUGAUGUGCCGUACCCUGCCUCGACCAACCCCACGCCCGUCAUGCCGUAUCUUCCCCCUCCCCCGUCCGCGCCCGCUCGGGGAGAACUUCGUCUGGUCGACCAUGAACAUUACAAUCACCUGCUCGCUGAAGAGCUUGAGCGUCCCUGCACUGCAGCUUCGACCGACACUUACCAACAAGCGCGAGUCUUGUUUACCGACUUCGAUGGCGUGCAUUAUGUUCCCUCGGAGAAAGACUUGGUGCGCCGUGUAUCGCUCAACCGCCCGCCGCUCGCCAGCCGAUCGGAGACUUACAAGGAACCCCAGGCCGGUGAAGAUAUGGUCUACUAUCCUGCACCAGUGCCGAUGAUGCUGAAUCUGCCUCCGCGUCUGUCACGUAAACCGGGCGCAGAGCGCGAGAAGCGUCGCACACAGCUCCUAGGCUCAAUACCUACAGAGAACCGCAAAUCGGCGCCAUGGAUGUCACAACAAGACACGGAUGGCAACGCCCCCCUCAGGCGAGAUAAAGAGGUGGCAGCUCUACCGCCACAGCUGCGUGCCAGUGUUUUCUUUGAGCAGCCUUCCAUACCUCUCAAUCUCGAACUCACCCAGGCUUCCGCUGUAGCCACCUUGGACAGUAUACUUGAUGCUUCAACGCAUGCCCCUGUAAGCGCAUUUACUGACCACCCUAUCGCUGGCGCGUCGGGGCAUGCGAAGCUCACGCGCAAGCCCUCCGCCGGAGGAUUGCUCGAUCUCUCCAAGAAGCGAGCCUCCCGCAGCACUUUGGGGUUUGACCGCCGCUUGUCCGAUCCAGAGCUGGAACAACGACCAGUGACCUCCGAUCGCUUUUAUAAGCAAACGGAAGCUGAGGCGGCGGAUAUCCACGAAGGUACCUUGCUACGUGAGGAUGAGUAUGGCGCACCUGGCGGCGCGGAUAUGGUUCAUGGUGAAGAAGAUCUGCCAAAUCCCAUCGAGCCGGAGGUGGAGUUUACCGGACCACCAAAUACCCUUAUGGCUGAACUGGAGAUGCGAAAGAACGAACUCAAACAGCGGCAAAAAGCCGUGGCGGGUCCUUUUGGGCUCCAGUCAACGCUUCUCCAGAUGGACGCCGUCGCUCAGAAGCAAAGCGAGCAUCGGCGACAAAGGCCAGUCACGCUAGCAUGGGAAAGUACAGAUGCUCACAAAGUAGACGAGGGAGACGACGAUGAUGUCCCGCUGGGUAUGCUAUUCCCAGAAAAGGCUCCCGCGACCGACGAAGCGCGUCCCUUGGGUCUUAUGGAGAAGAGAGCCAUGGAGGAGUCGGAACCUCUCAGUCGGCGUCGAGCCCGCCUUCGGGGAGAGCCCCAACCGCACACUCUGGAGAGGCGCACCAACACGAUGUAUGCGGCUACGGUGCCAGAUGUCGUGGCUGCAGCUGAGGACAGCGGCGAUGAGGAGGAAACCCUAGCUCAACGUCUCCAGCGACUCAAGUCCAAAGACCAGGCUCCGUCCACUGUGGCAGACAGUGAGUUCGCAAGUGAAAUCCUCGCGGAGAUCAACAAUGUCGGAGCCGACGGUGAAAAGGGCAAGGCUGACGAGAUCCCGCCGGAGGAUGAGACGUUAGCGCAACGACGAGCUCGCCUGCAGCGUGAGGCUGAAGCUGAAGCUCUGAAGAACUCGACCUUGAAGAUUCCACGGUACCGGAGAAGUAUGGCUGAUAUUCUUCAUGCGCGCCGUCCCUCCGCCGUGCCGCGGCCGCCCGCCAAGGAUGCUGCUGUACCCCAAGGAGCAGCGCAGCAGUACUCACAUGAUCCCCGGCUGUCGUUGCGACAAAUGCCCACGUAUCCGGGCCCCCAGGCAGGAUAUGCAGCCGCGAGAGCUGCUCCGUAUGUCUCAGGGGUGGUGCAUCCGAAUACGUUCUACAGCGAUGCUAUCUUAGGGGCCAACCAUCUCACUUACGCACCUGGUAAGCAUGCAACCAAGACGACGAUGAGGCCGAUCAUUCACCCCGGUCAACGGGAGAUCAUAGAUCGGUGGAGGCAGAGCAUCGUAUAGGUGACAGUUUCGUUUGCUUGUGCAUCUUUGCCAUUUGUCGGCUCAUCUGCCUUUGCCAGCCUCUCUCAGCUGGAUCUCGGGGCGGGAGGCAUGUUACGGCACUGUGCCGAUCUCUUUCGCGUUAUUAGCCGUGCUCUGCCUGACUUUCUUUCCUUUUUUGCCUUCUUUUCUUUGAACUGUUUGGCUCUUCAGUAUUUGUGGUGAUAUCCUCUCUACAUUAGCGGGUUUUUUGUUUUGUGUAUGAUACCGUCCGAAUACCACCGUCCACAUUCUUCCCA